AUGCCUCGUCAUUCUUUGAGAUGUUCUGCAUCUCUAGAUAUCAGGGACAGUCAAAAGGUCCUCCUGCCGGGCCCACCGACUCCAGGCGUGCCUAACUUCUCGAGGAUCUUGUCAGUACGAGCCCAGGGGUCAAAUUUAUCAGUCAAGAAAAGAAAAAAGCCUGAACAGUCCACAAUGCGCAAUCCUUCCAAAGUACAAGGGGUAAAGCGAUGGGAUGCCAAAACUCACAAGACUGCCAAUUGGGAUGGUCUUCGUCGAGACGAGGAACUUUGGCAGCAAGAUGGCGACUGUCUCGUUCAUCUUUACGGCCAAGGGAAAUCUAAAAGAGGUGCAUCUCUGAGGACAAAUUACGCCCAGAUCGAACAAGUUGCAGGCGAAUCAUUCUUGAGCACAUACCUGGCUUCCGACUCAAAUUCGUGCACCGAGAGUCUCGAUGGUACGACAACAAGCACAUCGUCCACACAAGCAGAGCACGAAUUGUACAUAGCAGCUCCUGAAGAUGCUGUCCGAGAAGAUGCCUAUCGCUGGCACGUCACAACCCGCAACUUCUUUGCAUAUAUCGAAGACAAGCCACUGGUUGGAUCCAGUCUGGGCAAGACUCUGAUCGACCUAUUGGAACGUGUCCAGCUCUUCUGCCCGGACAAGGCCAAAAACAACAACCAGUACUUCCUGGCAUAUGCUCAGCGACAAGGCUACAUGAAGUUCGUCAAUCGCCCGGACUAUGCUUUGGCCUUUCUGAACUUCUCCGAAAGGUUCAAGUUGAAGGACCUUUGGAUUGACGCAUUUGCCCACUGUGUCGGCAUGAAUGAGCAGUUGGACCUUAGUCCUGAGUUUGAUGAGGUUAGCAAAGUAACGAAAGCUUUGAUAACAAGAUCAUAUCUUGAGAUGGACUUACACUUGGGCCGAGUGAGCAAGGCUUUGAAGACGUUCUUGGAAGAUGAACUCGCUCCUACUCAUCUAGGGCUGCCGACACCUGCCCGCAACCAUCUGGACCGCUUCCGCUCGUUCAUGCACUCAUACUACGUCAACAAGUUUGGUUACUGGCCACCGGAAACAGGAGCUAUUAUGGACAAAGGUCUUUUGCGAAGCAUACACCAAGAAUUCCAACUGCUUUAUGAUUAUCUUGUCGACAGGGAUUCUUCUCCCUCGCAGAGUCCGAGCAAGCUGUUGACUGGAGGCAUCUGCGUCAUGCAGAAUGUCGAUGCUUUCAACGCCCGUCACAACUAUGAGCCGCUACCGCACCCAUCACCUCUGUUACCGGAUUACCAUAGCCUCGAGUACAGGACUGCAUCGCAAAAGGGCCUCAAGUCAUUGAGAUUGGCCUCGAAGCCUAGCAAGGCUGAGCAAUCUGGGACAGCACGAGCUGCACUUUCAGCAGCGACAAACAAGCUUGCGUCAAGCUCACCACUCGUCCGAAACUACGUCUACUUCGAGGGCGAGCUGACCUUCCGGCCAGAGGAGAAGCUGUCUGUUGGAGACGCAAGAAAGGUCCGCUGGAUUGCGAUCUACAGCAUUUUGCAAAUGCUCACCAACGCGAUCCGUGCUCCAAAGGAGGUUGUUGAUUCCGAGGCUGUACCAUAUCACCUCUGCUUGCUGACAACCGGCAUGCCUCCAUGGAACGAGGAGGUUGAUAGUGUUGCUACUCCUCAAACCUCGACGCCGCGACCAAUCAAGAUGGAGAGGGAAAACAGUGACAAGACCGUAUUCACCAUCCAUCCUGACUGCGAGGACAACGACUACUUCUCCCACAAGACUAUGCCAAAGCGAUGCGAUUCACACUCAUCUCUGCGACCUCAGCCACUACGCAUCAACACAACAAGCGGAAUGAACCGAACCAGUUCGAUCAGAAGUCUGCACAAGAGCUUGACUUCGAACUUCUCCUUUCCCUCGCGCCGCAACUCAGUCAAGUCGCCCGUCGUUUCGACCGAAAUCUCCGGUGCCUCCAACACUGCCGACUCUUCGGUGAACAAACGCUUCUCCGGCUAUUCGUUUGCCAUCAGCGAGGAAGAAAAUCUGGACUACCUUAAUCCUCACCAACCGGAGGCCUCGUCGUUUGAGAAUCACUACCGUCUUCCUGAAGCUCGUACUCCCACACUCGAUGUCUUCAUGCUGGACUCUUGCGCAUCGCCCGAGCUGCCUUCCACACCCCUGAGCACAGCAUCUUCCUCUAUGUCGCCAACCUCAGUAUCGAGCCGCAUGUGGGACAACAGCCCCAACAGUGUCAGCAGUGAUGACAUGGACUGGUACGAGCGCCGCAACAGUGCAGGAGUCUACGGCAUGGACCACGACAGCGUUUAUAGCGACCAAGCUCGCAAAUCCAGCAAGUCGAGCUCAGUCUCCUCUGGAUCCAACACCCCCAUCGUCGAUCUGUCUACCUUGACCGCCUCUUUCGCCGCCGCCGCAACUGCAAAGAUGCUCUACACUCAUGCAGGCCUGACUUCUCAACACGAGAACCAGCAGCAGGCUGCUCAGAUGCCUGCCUGGUGGAGUACCAGCAACGACAAGAGGCAAUCAGGUCAAAUCUCCGUGCCUGAGGAGGUACCCGAGGAAGAUGUCAUGGCGGGAAGAAAGUGCAGUGGAGAGUUCACUGUAGACAGAGGACUGGAAAGCACAGUCGACAUCUUUGAUGCCAUGCGCUUGCUGAACUGA